CUGCCCGUUUGCAGACUGCCUGAAAGGGUGGAGGUAACUUCAGAUCUGUGGUUAUCAGCUCUCGGGGUUGGAUAACAGCUUAGAGCCCUCCCACAUCCCUUUCACAGUGCUUAUAAGAAACAGAAACUAGAGUGCUGAAGAUGCUGCCCCACCUAACUGCUCUCGAGUGAGACACGAGUUGCAUCGUUCCCGUCUGCAGGGCUGUGACCUGAAGAGGGAAGAGCAGAGCAGGGGAGAUCUGCAGGAAGACCAGGCAUUCCACCUAACUGGAGUCAUUAUGGGAGAAAACAAGAUGCACUCAGAGCCUGAACUGACAAUGCUGCUCGUGGGUAAAACUGGCAGUGGGAAAAGCGCGACAGGAAACAGCAUCCUUGGUUCUCCAGCUUUCACUUCUGGCAUAGCACCACAUGCUAUAACGAAGCGCUGCGCCAAAAUGGAAGGAAAUUUCAAGGGAAGAAAAGUGGCUGUUGUCGACACUCCUGGCCUUUUCGACACCAGGAAAACGAAUGAAGAGGUAGGUGAGAUGAUUAAAGAUGCUGUUCACCACCUCUUCUCAGGGGUCCAUGCCAUUCUUCUGGUGAUGCAACUGGGCCGAAUCACUAAAGAAGAGGUGGAAGUAGCUGACUAUGUAACAAAGAUUCUGCAGCUUGAAGCGCAGAAGUACACAAUCCUCGUAUUCACCCGAGCAGAAGAGCUUAACCAGCCAGAGGAUAUCAGCCAUUUCGUAGAAGAUAGUCAGUAUCUCAAGGGGCUGGCAGCAAAGUGCGGAAAACGGUACAUCGCUUUCAACAGCAAAGCGGAAGGAGAGCCACGGGAUAAGCAGGUUUCAAAGCUGAUUAGUAUGAUUGAUACCAUGGUACAAAAUAAUCGUGACAGUCCGUGCUACACGCAAGAAAUGCUGGAGAAAGAUAGGUGGUCAUUCUUUAAAUGGUUUUGUACUAUACUUUAGCUGAUAAGGAUUCUGUUAGACAAGAGACUUCUUUGCUGUGCCUUUCUUACUGCUCUCUGAAGCUCACAAUUUCUCCUUCCUUUCAUGUUACUUUCCAUGACCCUCAAAGUCCUACGUGGACGAUUUCCUCUGACCCCUGUGACUCAUUUCCUCAUUGGCUCCAGGAGUGCAACAAGUGUAAGAUGAAAUGUGCUUGUCCUCUGCUGCUCUCUGUCUGCGUGUUCACCCUGCUCUGUGACCGGCUGUUGUGUUGGGGAGCUGGAGCUGUUUGCUCCCUGGCAGAGCACUGUGUCGCCUGGCUUUCAGUACCGUUGCAAUGACAUUCCCCUCGCAAGGUCUCAGGACAUGGACAAGCUAAAAUGAAUGGAAACAUCCGAUCUGGGAGGCGUUCAGAAACACGUGCACGGGUUUGCCUGCAGUUGUGCAUCUCAAGGGUACCUGUGCACGGGGGAGAACAAAGCCAGCCCCAUCAAAAGCAGGUUCAGCAGGGGCUUGAGCUGAUCGCCGGUCCGAGGGAUGUGGAGGGGUGGUUCUGAGGAGGGCCCUGCAGCCAGGGCUGCUGCUCGCAACAGGCAGUGUGUAAUGGAUGUGGACCAGCUCUCUUCAAUCACCUGCCAUGGCCGCAUCACAAGGCCAGCCUGAUGUGCUGUGGGGGGGAGUAGCACCUGGUCCAGCUGUUUCUUCUUGUAAAAUAGGUACAGAUGCGAGUUAAGGACAGCAUAAGCAAAGACGCUGUGUGUUCUCCCUCCCCUCCUCUGAGAUGAAGCAGGAAAUAGCCUUUUGUUUGGUCAGAGGUCAGACAAAAUGCUGUAAGGACUGGGGAGAUGUUAACAUGGUGAUUAAACCGCAUAGCUCAAAGCCAUUUGAAAUCCCUGUGGACAGCUAAGGCUGUAAUGACCUCUCCAGGGGCUGGGAGGGACAGCAAGCCUGGUAGGUGCCAAGGAUUCUUGCUGAAUCCCACUGUGGUGGGGAAACUACUCAUGUCGCUUGCUGUGCAAUCCCUGCCUUUGCUGGGCAAUGCUCUAAUUGGGUAAUUGUAUGUAAUUGCUGGGCCUGAAGGAGCUCUCAAUAAACACUGAACCUCGCUGUCCUGAGAAGUGUCAGUGCAUGCACUCCAGCCUGUUGUGCUGAAACACCUCUUUGAGGAGGUGGCAGCAUGUUCAGGGUUAAAGAAUAGUGAAUUGAAGCUGUCUAGAUAUAGCUGCUUAGCACAACUUCUAUAAAACUUGCUUAGCAUGAGUAGCUAAAUUUGCUGAAGCCUUAGGCUGCACUUGAAUAAAGUAAUGAACCUUUACCUAGUUUAGUAAAAAAAGUGCCUCAGAGCUGGUUCAGGCUGGGAAGAUAAGGAAGCCACACGCAGUCUGCGUUCCUGUGUCAUCCACUCCGAAAGGGAAGAUGUCAAAAGACCUUGGGAGACAACCACAAGACCCAACAAAAAUAAAGAUACAAUUGUCAGCAGAGACUGCAAAAAACAAAGAUAAGGAGAAAAACAGCUUACCUAGGAACAACGAUGAGAUCCAAUGAGAAGCAGGAGACCCCAGACCUAAAAAUUACUAUUGGUCUAACUACCGCGUGAGGGGUGGGAAAUGUAAGUUGAAAAAACUAUAAUUGCCCAGGAUUUGUUUUUGUUGGGGUCCCUCUUCGGAGGCACCCAGCUCGAGCUGUAAUUAUGGCACGCGUGUGAUUAAAAUUUAAUUAUUUAAUUA